AGGGCGCCACCGAGCUAAAGCAGACAUGAGUUACUCAAGUGAAAUCUACAGCAGCAGCUCCUAUCGGAAGAUCUUCGGAGAUGCCCCCCGGUCGGGUCGCGUGGGGCUUGGCGGCAGCAGCAGCCCGUCCCGUCUGCACCCUGUGGGAUACCGCAGCAGCCACCGCACCUAUGGUUCACCCUCCGUGAUAUCCUCCACCACCUACCGCAAGACAGCGGCACCCGGCCGCGUCUUCUCCUCCAUGCCGGAUUCCAUGAUGGACCUGACUCAGUCCACCGCGGUCACCAACGAGCUCAAGAUCAUCCGCACCAACGAGAAGGAGCAGCUGCAGGGCCUCAACGACCGCUUCGUGUCUUUCAUUGAAAAAGUGCACAACCUGGAGCAGCAAAAUAAAGUCCUGGAGGCAGAGGUCACGAUGCUGCGGCAGCGCAACAAUGAGCCCUCGCGCCUGCACGAGCUGUAUGAGCAGGAGAUCCGCGAGCUGCGGGCGCGCGUGGAGGAGCUGACGCACGAGAAGAGCCAGAUGCACCUGGACUGCGUGCAGAUGAACGACACGCUGGAGCGCGUGAGAGAGAAGCUGGAGGAGGAGACCAGGCUGCGCGAGGAGGCGGAGAACACCCUGAAGGGCUACCGGAAGGACGUGGACGACGCCACCUUGGCGCGCUUGGAGCUGGAGAAGAAAGUGGAGUCCCUGCUGGAUGAGAUCGCCUUCCUGAGGAAAGUUCAUGAGGAGGAGCUGCAGGAGCUGCAGGCGUCUCUGCAGGCCACACAGGUGUCUGUGGAGAUGGACGUGAGCAAACCGGACCUGACUGCUGCCCUGAAGGACAUCCGGGCUCAGUAUGAGAGUCUCUCGGCCAGGAACCAGGCCCAGGCAGAGGAGUGGUACCGCUCCAAGUUUGCCAGCGUGACCGAGGCAGCUGCCCGCAACCAGGAUGCCAUAAAGCACUCUAAGGAGGAGCUGAGCGAGUACCGUAGGCAGGUGCAGGCCCGCACCCUGGAGAUCGAGGCCCUCAGGGGCCACAACGAGGCUCUGGAGAGGCAGAUUGCCGAGAUGGAGGAUCGUCAUAACAAUGAAAUGGGAGAGAUGCAGGAUACCAUUCAGCAGCUGGAAGCUGCCCUGCGCAGCACCAAAGGAGAAAUGUCCCGCCAUCUCCGUGAAUACCAGGACCUGCUCAACGUCAAGAUGGCGCUGGACAUUGAGAUCGCUGCCUACAGGAAGCUGUUGGAGGGCGAGGAGUGUCGCCUAAGCUCUGUCGGUGGAGCCAUGGUCCAGUCCGGCUACCCCGGCUUCUCCUACACAUCUGCUCGCACCUACACCCUCGGAGCCUACAGGAGGCCUGGAGCCAAGCCUGAAGAGGAGGAAGAGGAGGCGGAAGAGGAGGAGGAAGAGGGAGAAGAGAAUGAGGAGGAGGGAGAAGAGGGAGAGGAGGGAGAUGACCAGGAAGAGGGUGAGGGUGAGGCAGAGGAGGAGGAAGAGGAGGAAGAGGAGGAGGAGGAAGAGGAGGACAAGCCAAAAGAGAAGGAGGACAAGGAGGAGAAGGAGAAGAAGAAGGAGAGCCCCACCGGCAAGAACAGCAAGAGCUAAACUGCAUCUUCAUCUUCAUCAUAAUCAAUAACACAUUCUUCAUCCCACCAAUAUAUGGAUCUGGUCCCGUUUCACAUCAUUUCUGUCACACAUGAUUCUGCACACUUCAGAUGUUUUUCUGUCUCUGUUUGCUCUGUAAUUCAGAAGUGAUUAGUACAAACUUUAUUAGACGGAGAAGGACCUUUAGAUGGGAUUAGAUGUAUUAUGUAUUUACAUACUCUUCCGUAGUCGUGAUGAAACACGUGCAGAAACCUAGCAAGAUGUCACAAAUUUUCCCAAGUUUGAAAUAGGGGAUGAUUUUUCCUCACAAGAGCAACAGUGAAUGUGCCAUUGAUGAUCAAUAUUCACAGUAAAAGCAAUCAAAUCUUUGAAAGUAACUACACUGUCAGCACACAGACUUUAAGACAAACGCACAGACCUUGGAGCAUGAGUAACAGCCAGUCCAACUUUUACGGUGCUAUUUGAUUUUUACAUAUAAAAGUUGGGGAGUACUGUAAGUUAAAGAUUUUAUCAUCAAGCGAAGCUGUACCAGCUCAUUCCUGAACGCGGGCUUGUUGCACAGGAACAUUCAGAGGAAACACUGCUUCUGUUUGAACUGUGAGUCAAACCCCACAUCUCUCACAGCAGGUGAAUGCUUUCCACUCCCCUCUUUCUUCCACUCCUUUCCAUUCCAUUCCACUUACUUCUGCAUCUCAUCCCACCACGACAAAAUGAAAUGUACCAUUGACCAUUCAAGCACUUUUCCAUUCUCUUUCACUCACUGCAUCGUCACAGCACGGCAAUAAUGGCAACUCAGAGCUUGGAAAAAACUGUAUAUACAAAUGUGUUGGGAGGGUGGUGAUAUUUUUAGUUGCUGUGAAGGAGUGCUGCUUCUCAGCAAAGUGCAUCUUUGGGAAUGAAAAAGUUUUAAUUGCCGCUACAUAUAUAUUUUUGGGAAUAUGAAUUAACCCCCCUUUGAUUGAUUCAUUUGUCGAGUAAUCUAUCAGCCGUCUCAUCUGUCAGAGUUUAAUAUUAAUCUCCAAAUCUACUACCUUAAGUUCUUUCCCUCCAUCUGUAGAGAAAACUGACCUUUUUUUCGUUCUAAUAUAAAUGUAGUGGUGCUUUUGUUUAAUUUUGCUGGAUGAAGGAAGUGAGGUGAAAGUGAGCAUGGCUGUCUGUGUCGGGCACCUGGUGAUGACACUGACAGCCCUCAGCUCAGACUGGAAGUGGCAGGUGGGACAGAUGCUGCAGGGGUCAUGUCUGUAUGGUAUGAAGUCACUUAUAAGGGCUAUUUUCACCAUAACCCCCUUCUAUCAUUUUGCCCUGAAUAGUUUAAUUUUACUGUUGGUCAUCAUUUCAUUCCCUGGGCUUUUCUCUUCGGCCAAUGAAUCAAGCAACGGGCAUGAAUGCAUGACACUUGGAGCUUGAAUAUCUGCUGGAUGGGAUAGAUUUUUGCUUGUUGUGUGUUCAAUUAAAAAAAGAACUUGCCUUAACCAUGACUGAAAGUUAAAAUAAAACAUCUUUUCACCUGCAUACCACUUGUUUCUGGGGAGGCUGAGGAGUGCUGACAUUUUCCAGACCUCUGCUAUACAACUGUGACUGUAUGUGCUGCUAUCUCAUGCAGUGAUAUUCCUGUCAAAGCCAAAUAAAGACAUUUAUUAA